AUGGCACCACCCAACAGAUCCGGAAAAACGAAGACGAAAAAGCAGGCCCAACAGUCCCGAAAACCAGUGAAUAACAAAAGAGAACCAAAACGAAACACAAGAAGAGAAGAAAAUAGAAAAGAAGAAACAAUUGAUUUAUUAUCAAAUACAACAACAAUAAUAUCAUCUGAUUUGCAACAGCUGUUGCUGAAUGUAUUCAAAUACGCUCUUUCUAUCUUCCCUUCUGCAUCAAACGAAGUGAAAGAUGGCAAUGAGCCAGCAAGAGGAGAAGAAACAGAUCCAGAUCUGAAUAUGCAGAUCCAAACCCUCAAAACGCAUCUGUACAAUCGAGACUUUGACUCGGCGUUUACGGAUGCGUCGCCUGCGCUGUUGCGGGCGUAUGCGUUGCGAUGGUCGGCGUCGAGGUGUUUGGCGUAUGCGGGCUUGUUUAGGGAUGUUGUGGAGUGUGUCUUGUCUGAUUCUAUUUCUGGAUCUGAGAAUUGUGCGGUUAGUGAUGAAGAUGAGGAGCUGGGUGUGUUGUGUAUUGGUGGCGGAGCUGGUGCAGAGAUUGUUGCUCUGGCUGGGGCGUGGAGGGCUAUUGGGGAUGAGCAUUUGGUUAAAGAAACAGAGCCCGUUGAAGAAGAAGAGCAGACCGGAAUUGGGAGCUUGUCACUAAAGGGGGAUGGCGAGCAGAAACAGAAGAAAAAGAAACUCGCCAUAACUGCAGUUGACAUCGCCGAAUGGUCCGAUGUCAUCGACAGGCUGGACAGAGCCAUACACUCAGUAGACAUCCCCGGGCCCAAAACCUGCGCCUCACCAUUGAUACAGGACGGUGCUGCCAUAGACAUCUCAUUCGAGCAUGUGGAUAUCCUGACUCUAUCAGAAUCGGAUCUCAAAUCCCUCCUUUCUCACUCUCUGCAUUCUCCUUCUGCUGCUGCUGCUGCCGCAACAAAAGAGAGGAGGAGGAGGUCUCUUAUAUCCCUCAUGUUCACUCUCAACGAACUCUUCUCAACCUCCAUACCGAAAACGACCCAACUCCUCCUGCGUCUUACAGACUUGUCAAGUCCGGGGACGGUUCUACUUGUCGUCGAUAGUCCGGGGAGUUAUUCGACAUUAUCCUUUUCGAAUCCUGACUCGAAGCCGCAGAGUAGUAAUACUAGUGGGCGACAACACCCGAUGAAAUUCCUACUCGAUCAUACGCUCCUGACCGUCGCAGAAGGAAAAUGGGAGAAACUUGUCUCGCAGGAUUCGAGAUGGUUUCGUAGGGAUGUUAAUAGUAGGUUACAUUAUAAUGUGGACUUGGAAGGGGGGCAGGGGUUUAUUAAAUUGGAGGAUAUGAGAUUUCAGAUUCAUGUUUAUCGAAGAUUGGAUUCCUCAGACAGCCAAAAAGAAAUUAGAUAG